ACAAUUUGCGUUUCAGUUAUUUCAGCCUGUCUUAUAUUUGCAAAAUUAUGUAAUAAUUAUAUCAAUAUUUUACUAUUUUUGUAAAUAGUAAAUGUCAAAAAUAAGAAUGUACAUUUGUGUUCGGUAAAAUAACAGUUUUUCUAGCUAGUUGCUUUAUUCUGAAAAGGAGGAAGUUGCUUGACGACCUCGGUAAGGAGUCCCCGGAUGUUGAAGCGGAAGAAAAACCACAACAAGCGAAAUAGCAAUGGCGCCUACGGCUACUGCUAAUGUUAAUACGAAUACUACCGGUAACGUAGAGCAGAAGGUGUUACAGUAUGAGAAGUUUAUUGACGAAGUGCUGAAGAAAGAUUUACAGACAGUAAUGGAGCAGAGAGAUGCAGUUUAUAAUCAAAUAUCUCAGUACCUGCAGUUGAAGAACACCAUACAGAGUUUGCAGGAGACAGGCUCUAAGCGCCUCAAGACAGAUGUUGACCUGGGAUGUAACUUCUACGUUCAGGCGGAAGUUGAGGAUUCUUCCAGGAUCUUCGUGUUGGUGGGAUUUGGCUUCUUCGUUGAGAUGGACCACUCGGAAGCUCUGUGCUUCAUCGACAAGAAGACGAGUCAGCUCACAUCCUUCACGGAUCAGCUGACAAAAGACGCUGCUAAAAUUAAAGCAAACAUCCGCAUGGUGCUGGAGGGUCUGCGAGAACUUCAGGGCCUCACAGAGCUUCCAGAACACAGCAGAAGAGAAGUCUUCUAGAUGUUUCCUCUUUCCUCUGUGACCCCAUCCCACAAUCGCUGUCCAGGACAGGAUGAAUAUGAAUGGUGACAGUGUCAUCAAAUCAGUGGUUCUUCUAUUGUACCAAAGUGUCGUUGGAUGUGUCCGGGACACAGGCAGGAGAAGGUCAUAGGUGUCCUGUUAGGUCAUCAUCUGGAUACAAUCGAUCCAACGGUACGACAAGACAUGGCUUCACAUGUCCAGUUGCCAUGGCAACAAGAAAAUUGACAGAAGCUUGCUCACAUUUUUGCACAUUUCUGUUUUCUUCAGCAGCUUUAAAAGCAACUUUUUGUUGUACAUUGACUCUGAUGCUGAGAAAGUCAUGAAGUGUCAUUUUCAUUUCAAUUGAGUUUUCAGAUUAUUAAUCAUCUGGUGUGUGUAACCACAGUGACACAUUUAUCAUAAGAAUCAAUAAAUGUUUACUUUUUGGGGGAAAACAAUUAGCUUAGCAGCAGACUACCUCCGUUUUGUAUCGUGCCGACGUCAUUAUAUGGUUGUCACUGUGUCAAGUUAGCCAAAACUACCGGACUUCGUGUUAAGAUGAUUAUCAAUAAUUAAAUAAAGCCGUCAAUUGUAUUGUAUUUACGAAUAUUUACGAGUGUUUAGUAUAAUU